ACUUGUCAUUUAAUGUUUUGAAAGCAUGUCGUUGAUUAAAUUAACGCUACACACACAUAAACUAAGGACAAAAUUGAACAAAAAUAAUGACAUUUAUCAUUUAUUGCAAUUAUGCUCUACGAAUUGUUCUUUUAUUCCAAAAUUGCAAUUUUCUACAAAGAACAAUGAGGAUGACAAUAUUUUAUUCAAAAUUGAUCCUAAAGUUAAAGAGCUCAGGCAUAAAAUAUUAUACAGCGAUUAUUUGUCUUAUGAAAAAAGAAAAUUGGGAUAUGUCAAUCGUAUGAAAAUAAAAAAAAAGUUAAAUGAGAUAAAACAUCAAGAACAAAUGUUAAGACAAGUAAGUGAGCCUGUGUUUAGUGUUAUAUUAAACCAUAUUGAUAAUAAUCAUUUAGCUGAUCAUAAUGCUACAAAUUCAAGGGAAACACUUAGCGAUUCAGGUGAUAUCAAAUUGCAUAAUAUCGUACAUAUGCCUUAUGCAUCUACGGAUAGUUAUAAAGUCGUUGACAUGCCUGCUGACAUGCCUGCUGACAUGCCUGCUGACAAAGUCAAGAAUACUUCUGAAGAGAUAAGCAGUGAAUCAUCGCUUAAUAUAACUUAUAAGAAUUUGUAUGAAAAAUAUUUAAAAAGUAAAAAUUCCAUUCAGGAUAAAGAAAAACAAACUUUUAUAGAAUACGAAGAAACUUAUUAUGAGAGAAAAUUCAAAGACUUGGAAAAUGUUGCAUACAAUUGGAUGAAUGAUUAUGAACAAUAUGACGAUAUGAAAGGAAACCCAAAUGAUUGGCUUUACGGUACACCAAAUGAAAACAGUAACAUUAGUAAUAUUCCAUGUGGUGGUUGUGGAGCUUUAUUACAUUGUAAGGAUCAUGCGCUUCCUGGUUAUUUACCAUCUGAAAUAUUCAUGGGUAUAUCCAACGAGGAACUCAAAAUAAUGAUUUGUCAAAGAUGUCAUUUUUUGAAAUAUUAUAACACGGCCUUAGAAGUUAAAGUAUCUUCCGAAGAAUAUCCUGAACUUUUAAAAGUUAUUAAAACGAAAAGAUGUGCUGUUAUUUUAAUGAUAGACUUAACUGAUUUUCCAUGUAGUAUAUGGCCAAAUAUUGGUACUAUAUUACAUCCUUAUACACCAGUAUUCGUAGUUGGAAAUAAAGUUGAUUUGCUCCCUAAAGAUUCACCGUUAUUCGAAGAUCAUAUUAAAGAUUGUCUAUCAAGAGCUGUAGAAGACACUGGAAUAUUGGCAAGAAAUAUUAAACAUGUAUCCUUAAUUUCUGCUAAGACUGGAUACGGAGUAGAGGAACUUAUAAAUAAAUUACAUAACGUAUGGAAAUAUAAAGGAGAUGUGUUUUUAAUUGGAUGCACUAAUGUAGGUAAAUCUUCAUUAUUUAAUAGUCUUUUACAAUCCGAUUAUUGUAAAGUGAACGCUGCUAAUAUUGUACAACGUGCAACGAUAUCUCUAUGGCCGGGAACAACUUUGAAUUUAUUAAAAUUUCCUAUUUUAAAUCCUUCUAGAAAGAGACUUUAUUACAGAACAUUAAGAUUGCAAUCUGAGAGGGCAGACCAACACGCGAAACAAUUCAUAAACAAUUAUCAAUUGUUAUUAUCGCGUGAUAUAAAAUAUGCUACAUUGGAAGGAUUUGUUGGUAAGACUUUUUCAUCGCGCACGUUCAAUAAUUUACAAUGGGAUUCAUUUUCUAAUUCGUCGAAAUGUAAUAAUCAUCCCAAGUUUGGAUUGGAUGAAACCAGUGAUGAAUACAAGAAUAGUCGUUGGUGUUACGAUACACCUGGAACUAUCCAACCGGAUCAAAUAAUAGACUUAUUAACAAUUGACGAAAUACUAAAAACAAUACCAAAUCAAAUUAUUUCACCUAGAACAUUUGUUGUUCAACCAAAAGAAACAAUAUUUAUAGGAGGCUUAGGAAGGUUGGAUUAUUUAGAAGGAAACUCAUUUAUUAGAUGUACAAUUUUUGCAAGCCACAUGUUACCCAUUACAAUGUGCAAUCUCAUUGAUGCAGAUGAUUUAUAUAAAGAAUUAUUACACACAGAAGCAUUUUCUGUGCCUAUAAAUGAUUUAGAAAGGUUGAAAUUAUGGCCCUGCUUACAAUCAAAACAGUUUAGAGUAACAGGUAUCGAUGCAACAGAAUCUGCAGCAGAUGUUGUUUUAUCGAAUGCAGGUUGGAUAGCGGUAACUCCUAAACAAAAUGAAAUCAUUAAAUUACAAGGUUGGACACCAAGUGGACGAGGUAUAUAUUUAAGAAUGCCAGCUCUUUUGAAAAACUCCGUUGUUUAUCGCGGUGCAAGGGUACUUGGUACACCUGCUUAUAAAAGUGGAAAGCAAGUUUAUAUGAGAGAAAAGAAAAUUCCUUCCUCACAUUAGUAUUCUUUAAUACUUACUCUGUGAAUAUCUAUAUAAAGUAUAGUAUAAUCACAUUACGUUGAAUAAUGUAACGUGGAAAAAACAAAUGCUGUAAUAUAUGG